CCCCCUUCCCAUUCCCAUGGAUCGUAUUACGGGAGCUGGGAGACAUCUGCUCCGCCACUAACAACGGAGCGCGUCCCCGUGUCUCAGACCUGCGACCGAUCCCUCUCCCAUGGUGCCCUCUCCUCAUGCUGCCCUCUUUAGGCUACCCACAAUUGUGAUAACUCCGUUUAUUUGCGCCGCGAUCAUGAGGAGCCACAUUGCAUGUCCCAUGCUGUAGUUCCCACCGGACAGAACCCAUUCCUGGCUCCAUCCCUACACCGCGUCCGAGAGGCGAGUAGCGGCGGCGUAGCGAGCGGCAGCCCCGGUGCCAUCGAGCAGCACAUUUCUUUUUGUCUGUGCGCUCCGCAGGCUGCAGGCUGACGGCUUUUUUGGUGGCUUCGCAUCCCCUUCCGCUGCUGGACUAGAUUUUCGUAGGAAAGGACAACGAAAGGCGGAUGAACAACACACAGAUCUCCAUGUCUGCUGUUUGAUUUAAUCUGCGUUUUGUGUCUUUCCGGGAGAUUUUUUGUUUGUUUUUGACACCAUGGAGUCGGUGGAGAAGGAGUGUGGAGCGCUGGGUGGAUUAUUCCAGGCCAUCGUGAACGACAUGAAGAGCUCUUACCCUGUUUGGGAAGACUUCAGUGCCAAGGCCACAAAACUGCACUCUCAACUCAGGACCACAAUUCUGGCAGCAGUGGCCUUAGAUGCCUUUCAGAAGGUGGCGGACUUGGCCACCAACUCAAGAGGUGCCACCAGGGACGUCGGCUCAGCUCUGACUAGGAUGUGCAUGCGACACCGCAGCAUUGAGACAAAAUUACGCCACUUCACCAAUGCUCUUAUGGAAGGCCUGGUUACGCCUCUUCAGGACAGAAUAGAGGAAUGGAAGAAGACAGCUAAUCAACUGGACAAAGACCAUGCCAAAGAAUACAAGAGGUCUCGUCAGGAAAUCAAAAGGAAGUCGCUGGAUACCAUAAAACUCCAGAAAAAAGCAAGAAAAGAGCUUCUAGGCCGGGGUAACUUGCGCCCCCAGCUGGACAGUGCCAUGCAGGACGUGAGUGACAUGUACCUGCUGAUGGAGGAGACGGAGAAGCAGGCGGUGCGCAGAGCCCUGCUGGAGGAGAGGGGGCGUUACUGUACUUUCAUUACCCUGCUGCAGCCUGUGGUGAAUGCAGAGAUAGCCAUGCUGGGAGAAAUAACACAUUUACAGCCAAUUGUUGAUGACCUCACUUUGCUGACUGAAGACCCCCACAAGCUGCCACCCGCCAGUGAGCAGGUCAUCCGGGACCUGAAGGGCUCCGACUACAGCUGGUCCUACCAGACCCCCCCUUCCUCCCCAAGCAACACAGGCUCCAGGAAGAGCAGCAUGUGCAGCAUUCUCCAGAUGCCCUCUGCAGGCGCCCAUCGGCUCAGCAGCGUCUCCUCCCACGACUCGGGCUUCGUAUCUCAGGACGCCAACACCCACUCCAAGCCUCCAUCACCCAUGCCCUCUGACAUCGCCAGCCAGAAAUCAACAAGCUCAGCCUCCUCAGAGGCUUCAGAAACCUGCCAGUCUGUCAGCGAGUGCAACUCUCCCACGGCGGACUGGGCCAAAUCCUGCGAGCCAUCACUGGCCAGCACUCUGCAGCGUAGGAGGGAGUCUAUGGAUAAGAUGAGAGAACUGGAGGCUCCGCCCAGUCCACUGGGGUAUUCUGGGAUGCAUCCCGAUGAUCCACACCGAGCAAGAAUGGGCCCAGGAAGCAUUGCAGCCAAGCAUGGUGAGGUGCUCUCUCCGGCAGCCAGUACUCUGGCCAUGGUCCUGACCAGAGGCCUCAGUAUGGAGCAGCAGAAGAGCAGCAGGGACUCUCUGCAGUACUCCAGCGGCUACAGCACCCAGACCAACACCCCAUCCUGCUCCGAGGACACCAUACCCUCCCAAGGUUCGGAUUAUGAAUGCUACUCUCUCAAUGGGGAUGCUGACAGCGAAGGACAGGCAGACUUUGACAAGUCCUCCACCAUCCCACGCCACAGUAACAUCGCUCAGAGCUACCGCCGCAUGAUCCAGACCAAGAGGCCUGCCAGCACCGCAGGUCUGCCUGCAGGUAAGACCCUGCAGGGCACUACAAACGGUGCAGGGGGGAGCAGCUCCGCAGUCAUCACCUCAGGGACGGCCACCAUUCGCCGGACGCCAUCUUCCAAAACUGGGGUGAGACGGACGCCAUCCACAACUGGCCCCAUUCCCAUCCGGCCCCCCAUCGUGCCGGUUAAGACCCCCACAGUGCCAGAUUCCCCGGGCUAUGGCAGCCCGUCACAGUACCAUGCCGGCAGCGAGGAGUUUCUGUACGGUGAUGACCCAACUGCUGGUGACUACAUGAGGGCUUCUCCAAAGCGGAUGAGCCUCCCCGAUACAGCUUGGGGCUGUGGAGGAGGGGCGGACAGGACCCUUUACACCCAGCAGGCCCUGGGCAUGGCUGCCCACAACGCUGAGGAAGACCCUCAGCUCGCUGCCAACCGCCACAGCCUGGUGGAGAAGAUAGGGGAGCUGGCAGCCAGCGCAAACGCCCUCGGUGAGGGGAACUUCUCUUUCCACAGCCCACUGCCAGGGGAUCCGGCUCGGUGUGUGCCGCAGGAGCCGUCCUCCACUACCCAGGAGGACAAGGAUAUGCUGGUGUCUAUACGCCGGGGAGUGAAGCUCCGCAAGUCAGUGACUGAUGACAGGUCGGCUCCCAGGUUCUUUCGGUAGCUGUCGGAGAAGAAGGCUGUGAGGAGGCAGCCGUGGUGCCCUUAUUUACAAACUGAAGCUUUGUAGUGAGAUGAGACAGCACUCAUGUGACACAUAAACUGAGGUACAAGUUAUAAAGAGGAUGUAAUGUGGUGAAUGAAGGCCAGUUCACAGAGUAAAGAGUGGACAACGUUAAGUCAAUUAAUGUCUUGUAUGUAUUGCGUACGUACAAAGUAAUCCAUAUUCUUUUGGUUUUUAUUCUUCUCUUUUGUUAUUGUCUGUGGGCUUUGUGGCUGUGCUCUCUGCUCCCUGUGUGACUGCUUGUUUCAGCCCAGUUUGUUCACUAUUGCCCCAGUGAUGAGGAUGUCACUGCUGUAGAGAUCAAAUGCUUUGUGUCUUUGUUUUUCUUGCUCUUAUGAUUAUUAUAAUAUUGUGCAUUUCUUAAUUAACAAAGGCCGCCUGUCAGUAAAAAGUGAUGGGCACAGUGCUCUGUGAGCCUGUUUGUAUGUUGUGUUUCUCAUCAUUACUGUACAAGUACCGUAUUACUGUUUUUGUUUAAUAAGGUGAGCAGCAGCUGUGUAAGUCAUGUAAAAUAGAAGCAAUAUGGCAGUGCUUUUAUUGCUGUACUGUACUGUCAAUAUAUUCUGCAAUUAAACAGGCUUUUUACUGUUAAA